ACAAAGUCCAAAGAAGCAUAACAAGGUUCAUGAAAUCCAUUCUCAACAUCGAAAUCAAACACACCUAUCACAAGAUGGAACAGCUGCGUAGGAGCUUAGCAACGUUGUCAGACGGCAUCACUACAUCCGGCAUUCCAGAAAACAUCAGCAAAAGUUUUCUCGAAAGCCAAGCGAGGUUCAACGAGAAGAACAUUCGUGAAAGGACAAACAGGACGAAAAGAAAGUUCAACAACAUUCUGCUACGCUCCAGUGAACGAAAUGAAGAAGAGAACACUAUCAGCGGGAAUCCAAAGGCCAUUCACAAUGGCACCCAAACGACGAUUCCGCCGGAAACCGAGAUUCUUCUAAGCCUGGGACCAAAGUUCGCCUUGCCUAUGACCGAACUGCAGCAGGUUCCAUUCUAUCACCUAAUGGCAGAUGCAGAGCAAGUGUUAAGAACAAAUCCAAACACCGUCAUCCAAGAUCAAACUAGGUGCGCGGUUGCGAAUGUGAUAACGAACUACAUCCAUCGCAUGCGGAAUAGAAACAAUCAGUUCGAACCGAUUACAAAAUUCUGCAACAAGGCCGAAGAAACAACACGGAGGUUUCUAAAGGACAAUCCGAACAUCCUAGUUUUGAAAUCGGAUAAAGGCAAUAAGACGGUAUUGAUGGAAGCCAGCGAAUACCGACAGAAAAUGCUUGAGCUUCUAGAAGACCGAAACACGUACAACCCCAUCAACGCAGAUCCCACGUCAAGAUUCGAAAAACAGAACAAUUCCAUCGUGAAACGGCUUCGCAAUCUGGAUCUCAUCGACGAAAGAACCAGCCGACAGCUGAUGAAGCACAACGCUGUCUGUCCAAGGAUCUACGGACAACCGAAGGCCCAUAAACCUGGUCUACCACUUCGCCCGGUCGUACCCAACAUUACGGCACCUUCGUAUAGUCUGUCCAAAUUCGUCGGGAAGAUCUUCCAACGAUCGCUGGUAAGCAGGUACAACAUAAGGGAUUCGUUUGAAUUCUGUGAAUUCAUUAACAAUGUCACCCUACCUGAUGAGCAUGUACUAAUAUCGCUAGAUGUGAAGGCGUUGUUCACAUCGAUCCCCAAAUCACUCGUGAUGAACAGCAUUAUCACAAAAUGGGAUGAAAUCAAACCGAACACAAACAUCUGUUUGGAUUUGUUCCUAGAAAUAGUGGAAUUCUGCAUAGAUUCCAGCUAUUUUAGGUUUGAUGGACAACACUACGAACAAGUGUUUGGGACGGCGAUGGGCAACCCACUAUCCCCGUACAUUGCAGACUGGGUAAUGGAAACAUUACUAGAUACGGUUGUCCGAAUGUUGGAAAUACCACUGCCAUUCAUUCGAAAAUUCGUUGAUGACCUGAUAACCGCUAUUCCUCUUAGUCGGUUACAGCAUGUCAUUGACACUUUCAACAGCUAUGACAUCCACAUCCAAUUCACUUACGAAAUGGAAGUGGACAACAAAUUACCGUAUCUCGAUAUGCUCUUAACACGCCACAGCAAUCAGAACGUAACAACAUCUUGGUACCAAAAGCCCAUCGCCAGUGGACGUUUCCUACAGUACCAAUCGUUCCACCCCCUCGGCCAAAAACUGAAUGUAGCCCAAAAUUUUGCGCGCCGAGUGAAUCAGCUGUCCACCAAUCUCGACGAACAGUCCAAAAGGAAAAUCGUUGAUGAUCAACUAAAGCUGAAUGGAUAUCCAAAGCCGCUCAGAAGCCGAAUCAUCAACCGAAUGAACGAACGGAACACCAAUCGCUCCAUCCAACACAGCGUACAGAACCUGGAAUAUACUUACCUUUCUAUUCCGAACAUACCUCACCUGUCGAACAUGAUCGACAGGGUCAUCAGGCGGGAGUAUACACAAGUACGACUCGCCAAGUACAAUGUUAGAAAGGUAAACAACAUGUUCUCGAAGGUGAAAGAUCCUGUGCCGCAAGAAAGCCAAUCGAAUGUAAUCUACCGUGUACCUUGUUCAAACUGCGAAGCCUCCUACGUAGGAAUGACAACAAAUCGACUACGAACGAGGAUGAGUGGACAUAAGACGCACUACAACGCACUUGAUCGUCUAUUGGAACAGGGCAACACAACGACAGACGAAAUCGCCAACCUCGGGGAACGCACCGCUCUGAUGCAUCACAGCAUUGCAGAGAAUCACCGGUUCGACCUGAAAAAUGUGAAAAUUGUAGAUAGGGCAAACAACACACACACUCUACAGUUUUUAGAAAUGUGCCAUAUUAAAAACACUGCGCACGCCGUCAACAAACGGACCGAUACAGAAGGGCUUCAUGCCGUCUAUGCAGGGAUCCUACACGAAAUAGGGAAGAUAAACAAACCAGCCAACGAAACCGAUGAGAAUGCAAGCACAACCAAUACACAGCUACACACACCUUUAUAAAUCCCCUUCAUUUUACACACUCACACACUUUGCCACACAAAACAGUUUGUACGUCAGUCCGGUCGGAGAAAACAGUGACCAAAGCGUAGGCGAUAAAAAGUCGAAGAAAAUCGUAGGCGAUCAAAGUCGAUAAAGCCGUCAAGAAAGCUCCACUGAAAAUACAGUGAGGUACAAACGGAUCGAUACAAGAGCAGUGAGUAGUUUCUGGAAAUAUUGAAAAAUACGAAAAUGUAAUUUAAUUUUAAUUAGCCAUAGCGGACGCCAUUACACCAUGACUCCGUAUAUUGAACGUUUCCAGAAAUCUAACAAGAAAACGUGCAUCUAAUCCUUGAAAAAGGUUAAAUAAAUAACCGAAACCGUCGGGUUAAAAUGCAAUAAUCGUUUUUGCAAACGUUUAGAGACUGCCAAGGCCGAAAACACCCCCUCUGCCGGUUCAAACACCAACAGUCGUAACGAAAAUCA